GUUUCAGGUUGAUAGCCUUGGAUGUAUUGAAGAGGUUUUUUUUUUCUUUUUCUUCCUUUUUUUUUUUCUUUUUUUCUUUCUUCUUUUUUUUUUUUUUUUUUUUUUUUUUUUUUUUUUUUAAACUGCCAAAUCGGAAAGUCGGUUCUCUAAAGCUCCGGUUAGCUAGACUAUAGGAUUUUAUUCUGGCUGCAGAAUAACUGGCUGGUGUGGCUUUGCCAGGGGGGUGGGGGGCCAAAAAGAAAAAAAAAAAAGAGAAAGAGAAGGGAGUACGUGAGCCGUCCAGUGCAAUCUCUAUUGUUUGAAUUUUACUUUUUAUCAGAAUUUGAAGAUGAAAACGGUUAAAAAAUGGCCAUAUUUAAGUGACAUAUCACUCUGAGAUUUGCUUAUGAAAAAAUUUUAUCGUCAUUAUUCUCUUCAUUUUCGGAUUGAGAAGAAUGAAUCCAGACAUAGAAGAAAGUGCAAGAUGUUUGGGGAAAGUACCUGUUAAACAGUGGAGCAUCUAACAACUCAUUUGCAAGAAGGUUUAAGGCAUUAAAACUGUUAUGCUUCGAUAUCGGUAUGCUGUUGACUCUCUAGCUCAUAGGUAGCCCUCCAAAAAGAUCUUUCAGUUUUCCAAAUUAUGGAAAUUUCGUGGAAAACGUUGACUUGGAUGUUGAGCCUCAUCAUGGCUUCAUCGGAAUUUUAUAGUGACCACAGACUUUCAUAUAGUUCUCAAGAGGAAUUCCUGACUUAUCUUGAACACUACCAGCUAACUAUUCCAAUAAGAGUUGAUCAAAAUGGAGCUUUUCUCAGCUUUACUGUGAAAAAUGAUAAACACUCACGGAGAAGACGAAGUAUGGACCUUAUUGACCCACAGCAGACGGUGUCUAAAUUAUUCUUUAAACUUUCAGCCUAUGGCAAGCACUUUCACUUAAACUUGACUCUGAAUACAAAUUUUGUGUCCAAACAUUUUACAGUAGAAUACUGGGGGAAAGAUGGACCCCAGUGGAAACAUGAUUUUUUAGACAACUGUCACUACACAGGAUACUUACAAGAUCAACGUAGUACAACUAAAGUGGCUUUAAGCAACUGUGUUGGACUGCACGGUAUUAUUGCUACAGAAGAUGAAGAAUAUUUUAUUGAGCCUCUAAAGAAUACUACAGAGGAUUCCAAACAUUUUAGUUAUGAAAAUGGCCAUCCUCAUGUUAUUUACAAAAAGUCUACUCUUCAGCAACGACACAUCUAUGACCAUUCUCAUUGUGGGGUUUCAGAUCUUACAGAAAGUGGCAAACCUUGGUGGCUGAAUAAGACAUCUGCUUUUCCUUCUUUACUACCGAUUAAUGACACACAUAUUCAUCGCAGACAGAGAAGAUCCGUGAGCACUGAGAGAUUUGUGGAGACACUAGUAGUGGCAGACAAAAUGAUGGUGGGCUACCAUGGCCGUAAAGACAUUGAACAUUAUAUUUUGAGUGUGAUGAAUAUUGUUGCCAAACUUUACCGUGACUCCAGUCUAGGAAACGUUGUGAAUAUUAUAGUGGCUCGCCUAAUCGUUCUCACAGAAGAUCAGCCAAACUUGGAGAUAAACCAUCAUGCAGACAAGUCCCUCGAUAGCUUCUGUAAAUGGCAGAAAUCCAUUCUCUCCCACCAAAGUGAUGGAAACACCAUUCCAGAAAAUGGGAUUGCCCACCACGAUAAUGCAGUUCUUAUUACUAGAUACGAUAUCUGCACUUAUAAAAAUAAGCCCUGUGGAACAUUGGGCUUAGCCUCUGUGGCUGGAAUGUGUGAGCCUGAAAGGAGCUGCAGCAUUAAUGAAGACAUUGGCCUGGGUUCAGCAUUUACCAUUGCACAUGAGAUUGGACACAAUUUUGGUAUGAACCAUGAUGGAAUUGGAAAUUCAUGUGGGACAAAAGGCCAUGAAGCAGCAAAACUUAUGGCAGCUCAUAUUACUGCAAAUACCAAUCCCUUUUCCUGGUCUGCCUGCAGCAGAGACUAUAUCACCAGCUUUCUAGAUUCAGGCCGUGGCACUUGCCUUGAUAAUGAGCCUCCCAAGCGUGACUUUCUUUACCCAGCUGUGGCCCCAGGUCAGGUGUAUGAUGCUGACGAGCAAUGUCGUUUCCAGUAUGGAGCAACAUCCCGCCAAUGCAAAUACGGGGAAGUGUGUAGAGAGCUCUGGUGCCUCAGCAAAAGCAAUCGCUGUGUCACCAACAGUAUUCCAGCCGCUGAGGGGACACUAUGUCAGACUGGGAAUAUUGAGAAAGGAUGGUGUUAUCAGGGAGAUUGUGUUCCCUUUGGCACUUGGCCCCAGAGCAUAAAUGGGGGCUGGGGCUCCUGGUCACUGUGGGGAGAGUGCAGCAGAACCUGCGGAGGAGGCGUCUCCUCAUCCCUAAGACACUGUGACAGUCCAGCACCUUCAGGAGGUGGAAAAUACUGUCUUGGGGAAAGGAAACGCUACCGCUCAUGCAACACUGAUCCAUGCCCUUUGGGUUCCCGAGAUUUUCGAGAAAAACAGUGUGCAGACUUUGACAGUAUGCCUUUCCGGGGAAAGCAUUAUAACUGGAAACCCUAUACUGGAGGUGGGGUAAAACCUUGUGCAUUAAACUGCCUGGCUGAAGGUUACAAUUUCUACACUGAGCGAGCCCCUGCUGUCAUAGAUGGGACCCAGUGCAAUGCCGACUCACUAGAUAUCUGUAUCAAUGGAGAAUGCAAGCAUGUAGGUUGUGAUAAUAUUUUGGGAUCUGAUGCUAGGGAAGAUAGGUGCCGAGUCUGUGGUGGGGAUGGAAGCACCUGUGAUGCCAUUGAAGGGUUCUUCAAUGACUCAUUGCCCAGAGGAGGUUAUAUGGAAGUGGUGCAGAUACCAAGAGGCUCUGUUCAUAUUGAAGUAAGAGAAGUUUCCAUGUCAAAAAAUUACAUUGCUUUAAAAUCUGAGGGGGAUGAUUACUAUAUUAAUGGUGCCUGGACUAUUGACUGGCCUAGAAAAUUUGAUGUUUCUGGGACAGCUUUCCACUACAAGAGACCAACAGAUGACCCAGAAUCCUUGGAAGCUCUAGGACCCACCUCUGAAAACCUCAUUGUAAUGGUUCUACUCCAAGAACAGAAUUUGGGAAUUAGGUACAAGUUCAAUGUUCCCAUCGUUCGUACUGGCAGUGGUGAUAAUGAAGUUGGCUUUAUGUGGAAUCAUCAGCCCUGGUCAGAGUGCUCAGCUACCUGUGCUGGAGGUGUCCAAAGACAAGAAGUGGUCUGUAAAAGAUUGGAUGACAACUCCAUUGUCCAGAACAAUUUCUGUGAUCCUGACAGUAAGCCACCUGAAAAUCAAAGAGCCUGCAACACUGAGCCCUGCCCACCUGAAUGGUUCAUUGGAGACUGGUUGGAGUGCAGCAAAACUUGUGAUGGUGGGAUGCGCACGAGGGCUGUGCUCUGCAUCAGGAAGGUUGGACCGUCUGAGGAGGAGACACUGGACUACAGUGACUGUUUAACCCACCGGCCUGUGGAGAAAGAAUCUUGCAACAACCAGUCGUGUCCACCUCAGUGGGUAGCUUUGGACUGGUCUGAAUGUACUCCAAAAUGUGGACCAGGAUUCAAGCAUCGGAUUGUUCUGUGCAAGAGCAGUGACCUUUCUAAAACAUUCCCAGCUGCACAAUGUCCAGAGGAGAGCAAACCUCCAGCUCGCAUGCGCUGCAGUCUGGGCCGCUGCCCUCCUCCCCGCUGGGUGGUAGGAGACUGGGGCCAGUGCUCUGCUCAGUGUGGCUUAGGACAGCAAAUGCGAACUGUCCAGUGUCUCUCCUAUACUGGACAGGCAUCUGUUGACUGUCCAGAAGCUGUUCGGCCUCCAUCCAUGCAGCAGUGUGAAAGCAAAUGUGACAGUACUCCAAUUUCUAGUACUGAAGAGUGCAAAGAUGUGAACAAAGUGGCUUAUUGCCCACUGGUGCUGAAGUUCAAGUUCUGUAGUCGAGCAUACUUCAGACAGAUGUGCUGUAAGACCUGCCAAGGACACUGACCUGCGGAAAGCCAGAGGGUUCUGACAUCUCAUCGUGGAAAUGCGUCCAUGAAAGAGAGCCACCCAGAGGAAGUAGACUGGUGUCCUUACAAAAGCAUUACCCUGUGGAAAGUGUAACCACUGGUCAGCCCUAGCUGACAGGAUUUCAAUAUUAUUUUAACUUCUGUGAAGUGGGAUUUAUUGAUUCAAAGUGCUGGACACGGUAUUAGGAGGGAAUGCCAGAUCUGAGAGAUCCAAACAACACAGGGAAACUCACUUACUGUGGAGCGUUUGUGUUCUUUCAAGUAAAUCUAAUAGCCUGUUUACCUCCUUGGACCAUUAAGAUAAUUUUUAUUAUGGACUUAACAAUGACACUGAAUCCAUUUGUAUUUAAGGCUGUUUUAAAUAUAGUUAUUAUGACUUGGUCAACUAUGGAAGUAGAAGAGAUUCAGAAUUCUUAAGUCAUAGCUUAAAAAUAUUUACUAUACUUUAUCUCACCACAAUAGCACAACAAUUUAAAUUAUAAAAUGGACCUUGAACUGUAAUUUAAGAAACAAUUAUAAAUCAAACAUAAUGAAAGUUUGUAUUAUUUUUUGUUAUCCCACUUAAUUUCCUUAGGAAUGACCCCUGUUCUGAGCACUGCUGUGAGCCAUGUAUAAAACCCUAUUAAACUCAACAGUGAGGGACUUGGUUUGAAGCUGUGCAGCAAGGGCUGCAGCUGUGCAAGUCUAUAAACUCAGUGCUAAGAGACUGUGGCCAACUUGCCAUUGUGCAAUGAAGCUGAGAUUUCCAUUAUAACUUCAAGAGAAAAACAUUUCAAUUUCAUGUAGAAGCCAGACCUAGGGUAUGGCAGAGACUGAAGUACUAGGCCCUUUGCAGCCAUCACACAAGAUGCCUUACUUCUUCUUUGAGUCCCCCUGGCUCCUUAGUGUUUACAUCCCCACCAGCCACAGAUGAGCUUCUGCCCUGUUGGGCUGUUGCAUGCAUGGUAAGCUUAUUGGAGAUGAUGCCAUGCAAAGAUAGGCUGACUUAGUAACAGCCAGGCGGGCCCUUCUUCAACUCGCUGACAGUCCGAUGGGUUCCACAUGUCCCUUCUUUGAUAUGGUAGAAGGUCAUUUAUUUAUAUGAGAGCAAGUGUGUGCAUGUGUGUAUGUAUGUGUGUGUGUGCAGGCACUCCUGAGGGUGGAGACAGGUGAGUUUGCUUGCAUAUAAAUGUGCUUUUUCUGUGAGUUUUAAAAUAGGGAAGGAUAACAACCAAAGAAGAAAAGUUCAAGGAGAGAGAUCACAAGGUAUAAGCUUAGCAGUUACUCGACCAAAUAGUUUGUAUGGAUGUUCUCAAUGGCUAUUAAAUGUGAAACCCGGUUUCCUGGGCAAGUCAAGGUCUAAAAAUCACAUCUUGCUGAAUUGAAAUGACUAGCUUAGGUCUUCCCAUCUUCAGGCUUUACAAUUUGCUGUCAAAGGACUCAACAACUAGAUGUUUUUAAAGGGUACUUGUUUAUAUUAAUACUUUGUACUUGAACACAUGUAGCUUGUAGUGGGUUUCGGUGAUCGUGCUUUGUGUCAAGCACACCUCUUUAGCCCUUCACAUAUGUGCCCCGUGCAUACACCAUCAUCUAAAACACAACUAGACAGCUACUUUGUAAAAAAGAGAGUAUUUUCAUUUAAGAGCAUGUCUCACUUACAUCUACCACUGUGCUCUGAAACUCAACUUCAGUGUAUCACCUAUGUGGUAACCUCAGAAGAAACACUGUCACCAAAGGCCUCCUCAGCUUCUGGCUCUCCGGAUACAGUUGUCCUGGAUAUUACCCCACACUCCAGUGUGACCGGCCACAUCUCAUUCCCUCCUUCUCGCUCAAUACCAUCCCAAGUUUUCCAAAGGAGGCUAUCAGUGAUACAAAAUAUACAGCCAAGACCUCCAUCUAACUGCCCUGAGAUGACCAGCCCCAGUGCCAUCGCAGCCAUUCCAUUAAAGGAAGGCAGCCCAUGGAAGCCUGGCCCAGACUUGAAUUCCCUUGGUCCUUUUCAAAGGACAGUUAACUUGGUGCUAAUGUGCCCUGGUGAAAUGAAGGAAGACUGGGUGAUUGCUGAGGCAGUUUAGACAUAGGCUUGCUAUCCACAUAUGAUUUUUACUAGCAUAAGUAUUAGCUCAUGCUUCUAUUCGGAGAAGAUCCCUUAUAGUACUUGUAAAAAGCUGUAUUUACCUCACUUGGAAGCUAAUAUCACAGGAACUGACCCCCAGGUACUGUGCAGUGCCUGCCUCUGCCACUGCCAGGGGAAGAGAUCAGCCCGUGCUCUCUCCAGGAAGUGCACCGCACUGAGGGCAGGCUUCUGCCAGAGGCAGCACAGCCUUCCGUGGGAGAACAAAGCAUGGAUAGACCAGAAUGCAAUCUUUUCAAUUAGAGCCUGAGUUUAAACCUGAGCAGGCUAAACAAAGCAAAAAGCAUCUUCCAUAACACAAUGCAACACCGCUGCUACUACAGCCAUCUCUGUGCAUGGUAACAGUGGGAUCAUCAGCAGAUGCUGGGCUGCUCUGGCAGGCACUCCAGACGUCGGGAGCUAUAUUGACUACUUAGGGUACUAAGGUACCCAUGGCUGGGAGCAGGGUCUGCCACUGGUAUAAAGGCUUACCAAAAAAAGGAACAUUAAAUGUACCCAAAUGACUUAACCCCUAAAGACAGGUAUGAUUUCCCAAUUGUCCAUAUCAUUAGGAAUUGAUGUAUUUGAGUGAAUGUCUUCUAGGUAUUCUUAAUAAUACAGAACGAAAUUACCUUUGUAUUAUUGUGAUUAGUUGUUGCUUAUUAUUUUAUACUCAGUAUUAAUGUGGCACACUGUUACUAUUUUUGCUUUUGUAAAUUAUAUUCUAAUUUAUUGCCAUGUUUCCUAACACCUGUCCUUUAUUCAUUCCCCUGCUUGUAAUGAAAAUGAAAGUCAUUGUAACACUUGAUGGAGUGAAAUUUCAUACCAGGCACAGAUUUUUUUUAACAUAGAUAAUUCAGUAAGUAAUAAAACUUCAGCUUGUAAAAAUGA